AGCUGCUUACAAAGUCAUUGAGAUUGGGAAUUGUGCCCAAAUUAGGAGGAGAUUCUGACCAAUCAGAGGGUGAUCCGGGAGGCGGGCGGUAUCGGGCAGUGAGGGGCCCGAGGCGGGCAAGUCGGCCAAUUCGGCCAUGUCGGCUCCAGCGAGAACGAUUGAGUAAUGAGGGCACAUUUACCCUGGAUGAUGACAGCGCGAGACUUUUGAUCUUGUCUAUCUAUCUCGUCAGCUCCAAUCUAGCACCUUCUCGUUCUGCUUCUUGUUCUUGCAUCCAGCUCUAGCCGUCAUGACAUAUCCCGCACACGCGUCACCGGCAAUGCCGCCACUCACUCGGCCGCAGAAUGCACAGCGUUCAAUGUCACACAUGUCGACUAUGUCCGCCUACGACCUCGAGCACGAGGACGAACACCACCCCUCGACCUCGUCCGUCAAGUCGGUCUCUGAAACCACCUCUGCCGCGCCGCCAUUGGUAUCACCGUCCUUGACCCCCGACCCCUCCAAGUCCUCACUCGACCCCGCUGCCCUGAAUGCCGAGUCUCACGAAGCCGAACCCGAGGCCCCUCCGGCCAUACUUGAAGAGUUGCCAGAGGUGAAUUGCGAGGUCCGCGCGCGCAUCCCCACCACUGCUGGCCAAGAAAUGUUCUUGCACCUCUACCACAACAGCGCGGAUAACAAGGAGCACUUGGCCAUUGUCUUUGGACCGCACAUCCGCAGCCGAAGUCUCGAUGCUCCGAGAGAGGGCGAAACGGAGAAAGACCGUAUGAUCAGAGGCGCCUACGUAGGGAAGCUGUAUCCUGGCCGUACAUCCAGUCGCUUGGAUCAGAUCAAACAGGAAUCUGGUGUUCCUGCUGCACAAGUAUCACGGAGUCCGACUCCCGAAGCUGUGACGACAGAGGAAAGACAAGACAAAGCCAUUCAAGUCGCGGAAGCUCAAAACAUGCCUCUACCACUGGCGCCUCUUGUGCGCAUCCACAGCGAGUGCUACACUGGCGAAACGGUAUGGAGUGCUCGUUGCGACUGCGGCGAGCAGCUCGACGAAGCCGCUCGUCUCAUGUCUCUUCCCUUCGACCCCACCGACGCCUCCAUCCCCUCCCUCGGUGGCGUAAUCAUCUAUCUCCGCCAAGAAGGCCGCGGCAUAGGUCUACUCUCGAAACUCAAGGCUUACAAUCUUCAAGAUCUGGGCCACGAUACCAUGCAAGCGAAUCUCCUGCUCAGACAUCCCGCAGACGCAAGAAGCUACGGCCUAGCAACAGCUAUGCUGAUGGAUCUGGGUUUGGGUGGUGAUAGAGGAAUCAGACUUUUGACAAAUAAUCCUGAAAAGGUUCGUGCGGUAGAGGGGCCUAAUAAAGAAGUCGUGGUCAAGCAGAGGGUGCCUAUGAUUCCAUUGGCAUGGUCAUCUGGCGGCAAAGAAGGCGUGCAAGGGCCUGAAUUGGAAAAAUACAUUGGAACAAAGAUUGAAAAGUUCAAGCACAUGUUCAGCCCUUCCUGAGCCGCUCCAACAUGGUUUACACUCACGACAUCGCAUGUACGGAAAGAAAGAAAGAUAUAUUGUGCUCAUACAGUUUUUUUUACAUCAUAUACCCCCCAUCUCAUACUAUCGUUUCUUUUGGCAAUUCUGGUAUGCACACAUAUACGCCAUACACAUUCGCUACACGGCCCAGCAUACAGCAAUAGCAUAAUCCAAGGACCCAGCCACGAAAUGCGCAUAUCACAUGUUUUCGCGAUGAUUGCAUGU